AUGGCCACUCCUGGUGUCAAGAUGAAAUUAUCUGCUGCCAAGACAAUCAUGUUGCUUCUUGUUGCUCUCAUGACUGUUCCGGUCCAAGGUUUCUGGCGUCACCUGUGCUUUGGAGAAUUGGGAACUGGACGUGUUGACCCGAUCAUGGCUCCUGGUACACCCUCUGGACAUGCUCAUGUCCUCUUCGGCGCUUCAAACCUGGGCCUCGAUCCGACCAUUGAUGAAUUGCUGAACUCGAAUUGUACCAGCUGCUCCAUUGUUCAAGACAAGUCUGCAUACUGGGCUCCUCGCAUGUAUUUCCAACAUGGCAAUGGCACCUUCGAAACGGUCUCUACAGUUGGUGGCAUGACUGUUUAUUAUUUCACUGAAGGACCAGGUGACGGCAUGCCUACAGUUGCAUUCCCUCAGAACUUCCGUAUGAUCGCUGGAGAUGCCAUGAAGCGCUCGUUCUAUGGCGCUAUCCCUGACCCGCCAAUGUCCGAAUGGAAGGAUAGCGACAAAACUCAGCAGGCUUUGAUGGAAAAGGCUAUUGGAUUCAAUUGUCUACAUUAUAGCGCCGGCGCUAAUGAGGGCUCCAUUGAACACCACGGCCUUCGAAAUAAGACCUUCAUUGAUUCCACCUGUACCGACGGCGUACGAGCUGAACUGAUGUUCCCAUCUUGUUGGAACGGCCAAGAUCUCGACAGUCAUAACCAUACCACUCAUGUUUCUUACCCUGACCAGAUCAAGUAUGGCAAUUGUCCAGAAGGUUAUCCUGUUAGGCUGCCAACUCUGUUCUAUGAGACCAUCUACAACACUCCCGCUUUCAAAGACGUCGAUGGCAUGUUCGUCCUCUCAAAUGGUGAUCCAACUGGGUAUGGCUAUCAUGGUGACUUUAUUUGUGGCUGGGAAGAAGGUGUAUUGGAUAGUGCUAUCAACCACCCUGGUUGUACCGGAACACCAGGCGAUCCAGGUUCGGGCCUCCAGGAGAGUUGUCCAGUUUUCAAGCUUCAAAGCAGUUAUGACGCAACUCAAUGCAAGAUGGAAGUUCCCGAAGCUCUGCAGAACGAACUGGUCGACUUUGCACCCGCCCUACCUGGCAAUGUCUUGAUUCAGGCUGGUCCUGAGCGUGCAGUGAUGCCUAGCCACCCAGCGGCAUCAUCAAGCGAGAGCCUCCCGUCGACCAGUGGAUCAAAGUCUCCCACUUUGCCUAUUGCCACUACCACAGCAACUUCUUCAUCCGCCGGACCGACACAACCUGAAGUUACAAAUCCUGUGACCGCUACCAAUUCCGAUCCCAACACUGAUCACAUCAUCAGUACCAGCACUAUGUACAUGAGUGAUGGUGUCGAAAUCGAUGUGAUUCUUAUUGAAGAAAUCGUCACGGUGACAACUGUGGAGACUGUCCCAGCAAUUGAAGUUCGCAAGGCUCAUUUACAUCGCCAUAGGUACAAGGUCUGA